AUGGAGCAAAAGCAAGGGAAGAGUAUGGUAGAUUUUUGCGAGGUUGAAAGUGAGGAGAAUAAGUUUGAGGAGAAUAAAUUUUUGAAAGGAAGGGAAAGUAUUUUUGAGGGGAGAAGUUUACAGAAGGUUUGCACGAAAGACACACAAAGACCAAAUCUGCGAGGAGGAUCCAAUGAAGUUCAACUUCAACUGUGGUCAAUCAAUGUUGGAGGACUCCCUGGUUUGUGGAGGCUCAUUGACCAUUUGCUGACACGAAAGUUUUUACAGCGCCCUGACGCCAUUUGCAUACAGGAGGUGACAUGCGGCUUGGAGGAAUUCAAAGCAACCAUCAACAAAAUUGACUGUUUGGGAUACCAGAUUUAUGCCAAUGAGGGCAUCACUCAGGGCAAGAAAACUAGAGGCUGUAUGACCUUAGUGAAGCACACAGUAUCUUCCAAACUUCAAGGCGAAAUCCAAGACCAAUGCGGAACCAUGGUGGCGGUCCAGUUUGCAGGCGCUUUGCUCUGCAAUUGCUACACGCCUCCACAAGAACAUAAGAAUGCAGAUUUCAGUGCGAAACUUGCCACCUGGCAGGAGAUGAAACAUUGGGAAGGAGAACAAAUUUGGUGCGGCGAUUUCAAUGAGGAAUUUUCUGAUAGUUGGAUCUCUGUAGCAGCUUCUGCGUUUGGUUUGGGGCAAGUCAGUUUUUCUGGAGAUAGCACAAGAUGGAAAGGACGCAGAAUCAUUGAUUAUUUUUUGACCAACCCUUGGAAACAAGACACAACUGCAGUAUCUUUGGAAGAAGUUUUUAGCGACCACAAGGUCAUUGUGACCACUGUCAGGCUUGGCAACUGCACUUUCGAUGAACGAACUUUUAAAAAACAACAUUCCUUGCUCAAGCCUGCAUGGAUUGUGAAGAAAAGAUGGAUUGAGCUCAUUGAGGAAGCGUGUAAUCAUGGUAUCCUCAAUGAGUGGGCGCCUGCCUACAACUUGUUUGAGGACUCACAGCAAACACCGGAAGAUCUUUCACAGGUAGACCUCGAUCAGCACAUGAUUGAUUACACUUGGAAGCUCUGUAUCACCAAGGUUCUUUGGGUGCAUCAGUGCGCCUUUUUCCUUGCUUUACUUGAGAUUCCGGCUGAGUUUGACAAUUGGAAAGAAGAAGCACGAGUUCGACAUUUAGCUAACAAGAUUCAAACUGGAAGAUGUAAUGUCGAACAAUCCAAAAGGCAUUUCCCUGUCGAUCAGACCAGAACACCUCAGGGCAUCAGAAAGGCUAAAAAUCAGCUUGGUCGCGCUUUGGAACUUCAGAAGGAGAUGACCAACAAUAGGAUGGGCAAAAAGACUUUCAACUUGACCAAGAAGCUCUAUGGCGAAGAUGCAGAAGUUACAUUUGAGAGGCUGCAGGAAACCAUUUUGACUUUGGAAAGCAAUAUCCAGAAAUUUGAAUCGGACACAAAACAAGAUGCCUAUAAAAGCUGGAGAAACCGAAUGUCCGAUCCCACUCAAAAGUCAGCGUGGCUCAAGAAGAACAAGAUCUCACAUCAUCCCAAUGUCGAACACGAGGGCAAGAUCUCGACCAACAAGCUUGAAGCAACGACUUGUCUGUUUGAAUCUUGGGAAUCCCUUCACAAGCAGAAUGAGAUGACAGAAACUGAAAGACAAACUUUGAUUUCGGAUCUCACUCCUUUCUAUGAGCGUAAGUUUAAGAACGUGAAAGGAUCUGGACCAACAAAAGCUAUUUUUCAGAAGAUUUUGCAAAAGAGCAAAGGAGGUGCAGGCUUGGAUCAAUGGAGCAGCCAUGAACUGCGAAAUCUUUCUGCGGUACCGGUUCUGGUUGAGAUGAUUUGGAAUUGCAUGCAAGGCUGGACCGAGUGGCAGAAGACACCCAGUAUUUUGAAAGAGGUCAAGAUGGUUUUUAUUCCCAAAGUUGGACGAAUUUGCAAGGGCAAUGCGGGCGCAAAGACAUUGCGCCCCAUCACUGUUUAUAGUUGCUGGUGGCGAGCUUGGUCAAGUACAUGGAUUAGAAGCGAUUGGAUCAAGAAUAUGGUGGAUCAAAUGCCAACUCAAAUGGCAGGAGCAAAAGGGCGAGGACCUGAAUCCACUGCAGCGGCAAUCCAUAAUAUCCUCAAGCGACGCAAGCAUGGAGCAUCUUUGGAUUUUACUCAGUGUUUUGACACGGUUGAUUUGCAAAUUAUGCGGAGAACUUUGACUUCAUCAUUGAAAGGCGAGAUCAAGAAUUGGUGCGCGACAUUGCAUAAUCACUGGCUCCAAACUAAACGAUGGUUUAUCUAUAACAAGUUUGCACAUCCUCAACCAUAUGUUGCACGGCAAGGACUUCCCCAGGGAGACCCAGCAAGUCCAUUAUUCUUAGCUCUCCUUCUCUGGAAAGGCUAUGAAGACAUUCAGCAGAAGUUUGGUUGCGACCUUGUCCAGUUCAUUUAUCUGGACGACAGAACUUUGCUUGGCAAUUCGAAGGAAACAGUAGAAGCGGCUAUACAAGAAUGGGAUCGAUUUUCAUCUGAAUUCCACUUGAUUAACAAUGACAGCAAAACUCAGCGCGUGGAUCUCACUAGAAAGACUGGACCAAAGACUAUGGAAGUUCUGGGAUGCCUCGUUGGCGAAACCAAAGUCAAUGACUUCAAGAACAGCAAGCAAUACAAAAGGAACGUCACAGCAAAACACCUUGCCAAAAGAAUUUAUUGCCUUCCUGAAGGCUUGACGGGAAAGAUGAAAGACAUGGCCAUUUAUGUGAAACCCUCUGUCGAUUAUGGCUGGGUUCAAUCAAAUCCACCUGAUUCUUGGAUCAACAGCCAGAACACUAUCACUUGGAAUGCACUUGGCAGACUGAGAUGGACACCUGAAGAAAUGCGAAAGAUUUUUGGUAUCACCAUCAAUGCGCCUGCGACGUUGCUCCUGCGGCGGCUUCGGAUGAAGUGCUACAGGGAUGAAAUCUUGAACAAAGUGGGAGAGAUGCAUGAAGACGAGCUUGAUCUUCUCAUCAAGGAUCAUAUGGAGCUCUAUGGAUGGUUCAAAACUGAUACGACUUGGCACCACUCUGAGCUGCCUUACCAAUUUGAACAACAUGCCGUGAUUGGAAAGAAGCGAGGCCAAGUUGACCAUUUCAUUAGACAAAGUCAGAGGAAAACUGCAUAUGAUCAUUUAGCGCAUUCUCAUCGACACGAAUUUCAAGAUCAAAUACCUGCAUUCGAUGUGAAACGGAUCGACAUGGUACGCAAACUGGCAUACAGCAAACCUCAUUUUCUGCCUUUUUUCAUAGGAGCUGUCAAAAGCCCAAAGAUGCGGACUCUCAGGACCAAUAAGCGCAUGGUGUGUCCAUGCGGUGCCCUCAAUCCGGACUGGGAGCACAUUUGGCAAUGUGCUGUUGGAAUAGUGCCGUCAGAUGUUCUUCUUCGAAGAUUUCUUUGGCCAAGGACGACAGAUGAUUUGGAAGCCAUCAACAGCUUCACCCAGGCGAUGAACAAUUUUUCAACUUAG